AUGAAACAUCUCCAGACGGCAAAUAGUACACGUGUUCUCGUGUCGAGACGUGGUGCAGGACGACCACGCAAGAGAGCGUCGGAAUCUCUGGCGACGGAGUCUCCAGAGAGGUCUGUUGGGAUAGAGCAUGUCAGUCAGGGACAGACUCCUCAAGAUACUGCGGGCGCGUCGAGCACUCGGAUUCCGACGGUCCCUUCUCCAGAGUUACCCACCCCUACAGUAUUCACUGUACCACCAGCAGUACCUACUGCGUACCCGGCACCACCACCACCUGUGCCUGUUACGGCGUAUUCGACACCUCCUCCAGUAGUGCCUAAGGCGUACCUGGUACCAUCACCUAUCGUACCUCCAGCCGCUCCUGCCUAUAUUGACCCUGCAGUGCCACCAGUGGUACUUGCCCCGACUUAUGUAGAAGUACCAGGGGUACCUCCCCCGGCCUAUCCAACGGUACCACUUGUGGUACCAGCUCCAGUGGUUCCGCCAGUUUCCGCGGCGAUCACUACUCAACCUACUGAUAUGAUUGCGGCAUGA